CACCAGCCUGAGGGGCGGAGAGUGAGCUCAGCCUGGAGCAGGUCUGCUGCGGAGUUGCUGGAGAGUGUACAGUCACUCCAGCGCCUCCAGCAGAGAAGUGCCUUUCUCCCUUGUCCCACGUCCCUUCUGCUGCUCUCUGGGACCAGUCGCUGGGGUGCUGCAGACAGGAGGAACUGGGGCACAACGCACAGGAAGAGUUGGGACCUCUUGGCUGGCCAGAGGUGCUAACAUCAGGCAUAAAUAGCGCUGGGCUCUCAUUGAGACCAGCCUUGACUGACAGCCCUGAAGCCUGUAGUCUGCCCCCCACUGCUCCUGCCAGGUGAUGGAAAGCCCAAGUGCCACUGCUGCCCUGGGCAGGGCUCUCUGGACCCUCCUCCUGGCCAUGCUGGGCUCCACUGUGGGCCAGCCACUUGGGGGAGAGUCCAUCUGUACAGCCCGGCCUCUGGCCAAAUAUAGCAUCACCUUCACUGGCAAGUGGAGCCAGACAGCCUUCCCCAAGCAGUAUCCCCUGUUCCGGCCCCCGGCACAGUGGUCCUCUCUGCUAGGGGCAGCUCACAGCUCCGACUACAGCAUGUGGAGGAAGAACGAGUACGUCAGCAAUGGCCUGAGGGACUUUGCGGAGCGUGGUGAGGCCUGGACACUGAUGAAGGAGAUCGAGGCUGCAGGCGAGAAGCUCCAGAGUGUGCAUGCGGUGUUCUCAGCCCCUGCUGUCACUAGUGGUACGGGGCAGACCUCCGCAGAACUGGAGGUGCACCCCAGGCAUUCUCUGGUGUCCUUUGUGGUGCGCAUCGUCCCUAGUCCUGACUGGUUUGUGGGUGUUGACAGUCUGGACCUGUGUGAGGGAGGCCGCUGGAAGGAGCAGGUGGCCCUGGACCUCUACCCUCAUGAUGCGGGGACAGACAGUGGCUUUACCUUCUCCUCCCCAAACUUUGCGACUAUCCCUCAGGGCACAGUGACUGAGAUAACAUCCUCAUCUCCCAGUCACCCAGCAAACUCCUUCUACUACCCACGGCUGAAGUCCCUGCCUCCCAUUGCCAAAGUGACACUGGUGCGGCUACGACAGAGCCCCAGAGCUUUUGUCCCACCUGCCCUGGACCUGGCCAGUAGGGGCAAUGAGAUUGUGGACAGCCUUUCAGUUCCAGAAACGCCGCUGGACUGUGAGGUAUCCCUGUGGUCAUCCUGGGGACUGUGUGGAGGACCGUGUGGGAAGCUGGGAGCCAAGAGCAGAACUCGUUAUGUCCGUGUCCAGCCUGCCAACAAUGGGACCCCAUGCCCUGAGCUUGAAGAAGAGUCUGAGUGCACCCCUGAUAACUGUGUUUAAACCUAGAACCCUGCAUCCUCCAGGACCCCUUGAGCCUCAGGCUCAGAUCUGGGUUACAGAGGGCUCCCAGGAGGCCUAGGGCAGGCAUCUUUGCUGACCACAGGCUGCGCUGAGGAAUGUUUCCUGAACAGAGGACCAGGGACAGGCAGGGGACAUCUAUGCACAGGUUCUUUCCACUGGCAUGUUAAUCCCUGGAGCUCAUAGAUCUACUCUAAAUUAUGUCCCCUAUAAUUUAUUGCCAAGGCAGGAGGCUGCCUUUGACGCGGAGCACAUGCAUAGGGCCGUGUGAGAGUGCUCACUGAGCCCGCGGGCCCCAGGCCUACACCUGUCAGAUACCUCAGACCUGCCACUACCACACCUGCUCCCAGGGGCCAAAGCUGCCAUUUAUGCUGCUCCCAGACUCGAACAGAAGUGACCAUGCAAGAAGUGAAUGUAGAGGGGUGGAUCUGGAAGCUUGGCACCCUCAUGCCACUGAUUUUUUUUGCAGUUGAAUAAAAGUUGUGUUUCAGACAAA